GCAUACACCCAUCAGCUGUUUUUGUUUUGCUGUGUGGAUGUUGAAAGUUAAUAACGCAAUAACAACAGUGUCGGAGGAGUGAAACGGCUUGUUAAGGAGGUGUUAUUGUUAUCCUGUUCAGUUUCGGGAUAGGUCACUCGGUGUGUGAUGUAUGCCACUUGAGCCAGCCUGCCCGGACAUUGCUCUCCCUGAAGAGUGUGAGCGUGGCGUUUGGAGUCGGGGAGCAGAGGAGGGGAAGCGGGUUCCGGCGGGGAUCGACCCGAGCCCAAAGGCCUCCGACCUCAACCAGCUAGAGGAGAAGGGAUUUGGCAGCUCGAAUGGAGUCUCGGGACGCACCGAACGACCCCGAAGCGCAACGAGGCUUCAUCUGUGCCUCGUUUAACCAGGACACCACGUCUCUGUCAGUGGGCACCAAGACUGGCUACCGGCUCUUCUCAGUCACAGCUGUGGACAAACUGGACUGCAUCCACGAGGGAGUGGAGUGUACAGAUGUGUAUAUUGUGGAGCGGCUGUUCUCCAGCAGUCUGGUGGUGGUGGUCAGUCUGUCCAUGCCACGGCGAAUGAACGUCUACCAUUUCAAGAAAGGAACAGAGAUUUGUAACUACAGCUACUCCAACAACAUCCUCUCCGUCAGGCUCAACAGACAGCGGCUGGUGGUUUGCCUGGAGGAGUCAAUCUACAUCCACAAUAUCAAAGACAUGAAACUACUCAAGACUCUGCUCAACACACCCACCAACCCUUCAGGUCUCUGCGCUCUUUCUGUCAACCACAGUAACUCCUACCUGGCGUACCCUGGCAGCACCACCAUCGGAGAGAUCACCGUCUACGAUGCCAACAACCUGAGCUCUCUGACGCUCAUCCAAGCCCAUGACAGUCCCCUGGCAGCCCUCACCUUCAACUCCUCUGGUACCAAACUGGCCAGCGCUUCAGAGAAGGGCACAGUUAUCAGAGUCUUCAGUGUUCCUGAAGGGCAGAAACUGUUUGAAUUCCGUCGAGGGAUGAAGAGAUACGUUAGUAUCAGUUCAUUGUCCUUUAGUGCAGAUGCCCAGUUCCUGUGUGCCUCCAGCAACACUGAGACGGUCCAUAUCUUUAAACUGGAGCAGCACAGCCCCAGUCAAGAGGAGGAGUCUCCUACAUGGUCAGCGUAUGUGGGCAAAAUGUUCACUGCAGCCAGCACUUACUUGCCUACCCAGGUAUCCGACAUGAUGCAUCAGGACAGAGCCUUCGCCACGGUGCGACUCAACAUGUUUGGUCUGAAGAACAUCUGUGCCCUGGCCACGAUUCAGAAGCUCCCUCGCCUGCUGGUGGCAUCCUCAGACGGGUUUCUCUACAUUUAUAAUGUGGAUCCACAGGAUGGAGGCGAGUGUGUCCUGGUCCAGAAACACAGGCUGUUUGACUCCAGCGAGGAGCAGGUGGAACAGAGUGAAGACGACACACCAGAUGAUGUCGCUCCCCAACCAGCCAGCCAAUCCUAUGCUGCUACUGUGGCUCUUCCUUCAACCCCACCUUCCUCCACAACUCUCAUGGGUUACUCUGAGGAUGGUGGAGCCCAGAAAGGCGAGGUCAUCCCAGAGCAUGAGUUCGCAGAGGGCCCCGUCUGUCUGGAUGAUGAGACUGAGUUCCCUCCAGUCGGCAACCAGACUAACUGACCAACACCCUCCCCCACAAACCCUGCAUAGCAACCAGACUCCCUUGUUUGAAGCAGGGAACGUAGACAAAAAUAUUCCUGUGUUUGGGAUAUUGUGGCACCUAUACCUUUCCACAUGUACCCCUGCCGGCCUAGGGUCAAAUCUUUCAAGAACAUUAUGUCCUGGUGUUUCUGUAUAGCUCGUCCCUCUCACUUUUUGUAAGGAAACAAAAAUAGUGGAAAGUCCACUCAUCCUUAAAAAAAACACAGACACAGAUCUUAAACUCUUUUAGACAGAUUCAAAGACUGUCUGAGUAUUCCACUGUAAACUCCCAUAUUAACAAACAGUGUUAAAUCUUUUUUUUUU